AUGCAAGAAGAGUCCCAUCUCAGCCCUUCACCCCCAUUGGCUCACAGGCACUACCCCCUAGAGCCUGAAGCCCAACAAUGUCUACCCGAGCCGGAAGAUGCUGCAACAGAGGACCUGGCAUCUACGAUAACAGGUUCACGCGUUUCGACCGAUGGCACGACGAAGUACAACCGUAUUGCGGAAGACGACACCGAUGGCGCCGUACCAGUGGUUGACUUGCCCAACAACAGGUUGGGGUUUUUCACUAUCGUAACAGAUUGCGCCGCUGUGGUUCUUCCUUUGGGUCUCAUUGUCUUCAUCGUCAUUGUGUGGCGCCUUGACGGUUCCGAGAGUACCGAAAGCUCCCGCGGGGCUUGGCGAAACGCAAUCACGAUCCUCGCAACUGCGUUUCCGAUCCUGUUUGCGUCAGUUGCAGGUCGUCUUACAUAUGAAGCGGCUCGCUGGAAGCUAGAAACCGGCACGACCCUCGGUUCUCUCGAGCAGUUCCUAGGCAGCCGAACGGUCGGCGCCACCCUACUCAAUCUGAUCCAACUUCGAUCAUUCAAUAUCGUGGGUGCUGCUUUGGUAUUGAUAUGGGCACUCUCACCUUUGGGCACUCAAUCUAUUUUGAGAAUGAUGUCCUCACAAAUCGCCCCGGACAACAGAAACACGACGAUAACCUACUUCGACACCAACGCUGAGAGUCAGGCCAUACAGUGGGCGACCUGGGUGGGAUUUUCAUACUCAACCUCCAUGGCGAGUUUCCGACCCAUGUCGACGUUGUAUAACACCCUGAUUUCAAUGCCUGAAGGACUCAAAGCGGAUGCUAUGGAUGUCUGGGGCAACGUCAAAAUACCUUUCCUGAAGCGCUUAGACACAGAUGACUGGUUGGACUUCUUGGAUCAAGAUCUCGGUGUGAAUGAGUAUUCGUCUUUGGCCGGGAUCCCUCUCAACAGCAUCGAAGUUGGACACACCAUAUUUUCGCUAGAGUCUAGCUACAUUAGCUUAGACUGCUCGGAUGUUGAAACCCUCAAGAUGGAUCUAGGAGCCGACGACCUGCUGAAAGAAGAGGUAUUCCACGACGACCUAUCAGCCGCUUCUCUGGCUGUAGACACCAGGUACACAAGAAACGCUAAGUUGCCAAAUGGUACAUGGCACGGAUACGACUACACAAGAAACGUCUCCGGGCUAGAUUCAACCUGGAUUCUGGCGCUCGACAGAUUUGUAGAUCGGAUAUGGUCCAUGAAACCUGCUGAUUAUCCUACAAAACCAGUCGUUGGUCCUUUGCAUGGUCGUGUCGAGGAAAUGCACCGGCCCCUCUUAUUCAAAGAUGAGCAACAUGUCGACGCCGAGCCGACGACUCUUCUAUUUCAAAGCAUAUUCCCCCCUCAGGAAAAACACCCAGGAUGUUCAGCAAAGAGCCUCUCCAGGGUAUCUCAGGAGUACGCCGAGUCCCGCGUCAACUGUUCUCGCACGGCUCGCACCGACAGACACAACUGCACCGUGGUAGCCCAGCGGAAAUCUCAGAAGAAAAAUGCUCCUAGGGAUAUAUCUCAGCUAUCGUUCCCCGCCGUCUUUGACUUUGUCUCUCGCGAGCUUCCGCUCUCCAUCGGAGGCUCUACGGCGUACAAGUCCGAGUUCUCGCUUUACCACCUCGCUGAUCCAGGGCUUAGACAGCUGAGGUCGGACGAUUACUGCAUCAUAGAAAGCGUCACAGCCAAAGAUAUGGGAAUUCGACUUAGCCAGCUCCUCAAUACCUACCUCUUGAUAAGCCAGCUUUCGUUCGAGAUUGCAGAGUGGGACGCGGAUAAACCAACGUCUGGGGCCAAGAUCUCCGUCGAUGCAGAAACAAGUACCCCUGUUAUCAACUUUGAGAUCUCCUCAUUAUGGAUUACGCUUUUCUUGGUCGCGAGCAUCGUGCUUCUUGCAGCUGGUAUCGCGAGCGUUGUCCUCAAGCACUGCACAUACGGGCCAGAGAUCCUUGGGUACGCUUCUACCGUGUUACGAGAUUCGAUAUUUUUUGAUGUUCCAAGAGACUAUAGAGGGCUGGAUGGGAUUGAUCUAUCACGGAAGAUGAAAUCUGAUCGGCUUCGCUUUGGCUUGAUACAAGGUCUGAAGCAGGGACAAUCACGGAUGGGAGUUGGUCAUCAAGAGAGUACGGAUCGAUUAGGAAAACAACAGAAUCGUGACUGA